AUUGCUGCGUUCUAAUUAUUUUUAAUUCUGUUAUAACGUGCGGCUGAAGGAAAGAAGAAAUUAUUUGCUUUCUGGUUGCGAUUUAUACUUGCCCAAUGCGUUCAUCCAUCCUUCACAACUUGGAUGGACUCAAAUCAUUCGACGCCAAAUUGUGUAGCUGCAAACUGACAAGAUUGCAACGGAGGACUAUAAUCUAAAGAGGAAAGAAAAGCCCAGGAGAAGAAGAAAUAGAUAUUGAAAAUGUUGAUCAUGGAAGAGAACAGACGAGAUCGCAGAACAGUAGAUGUUAAAUCACUUACCUGUUCUAUAGAAACCUUGAUGCGCAAGCAUUGUGCUUCUUCUCCUAUAUCAACCGAGUACUGCUCCAUCUUCAAAGUCCCCAACAUCCUCUUCCAACACAAUCCGAAGGCUUACGUUCCCAAUGCAUUCUCCAUCGGACCUCUACACCACGGCAAGAAACAUCUGAAAGCCACAGAAAAAAUCAAACUGAAUUAUCUGCAUGGCCUCAUCUCUCGAGAGCAAAUCCUUUUAAACGACCUAGUCGAAGUCGUUCUGGGAUUCGAGGUUGAAGCACGCAGUCGGUAUGCUGUGCCGAUCAACAUGAGCAUAGAAAAAUUCGUAGAAAUUUUGGUAGUCGACGGCUGCUUCAUUGUUGAGCUUCUCUGCAAGUCGGCAAAUCUGGUGCCACGAGAAACUGGCGACCCGAUCUUCGGCAUGGAUUCAAUGAUGGAGCUCUUAUAUCAUGAUUUGAUGUUGUUGGAAAACCAAGUGCCAUGGCGGGUGCUGGAGCUGCUAUUCAGCGAGAGCAGAGCAUUCUCUGUAAGCCCAACAGGUUCUUCCACCUUGUCACGCCUUGCUCGGGAAUUCUUCGGAAAUAUUUUUUCGUGGGUACUGCCACUUGAUGUGGUGGAUGAUCACUGCUCCUAUAGUCAUAAGCAUAUACUUGAUUUUUUGAGGGACUCCUUUGUUUCGAACUCGUCAUCCGUAUUGACCGAGGAACGCAUCUCAGCGCAGCUGAUUCCUUCUGCCACCAGCCUAGUGGCGGCCGGAAUCAGAUUGAAGAAAGCUGAUGGCACAUUGGGGAGCAUCUUGGACAUACAAUUCAAUAAGGGGGUCUUAGAGGUGCCGCCAUUUCUGAUCACAGAGAUCACAGAGUCCCUGCUUCGCAACCUGAUAAGCUUCGAGCAGUGCUCCCAUAACUGCACCACAAGGAUUACAUCCUACGCCAUACUCUUGGAUAGCCUUAUUAAUGACACCAAAGACAUGGAUCUAUUGUGCCAGAACAAGAUCAUUGAUAACUGGCUGAACCCGGAGGAGGCAGCCCAGCUCUUCAACAAGCUUUACAGCAACGCUUUUGUCCAUCAGUUCUUUUACGACAAGCUGUGCAAGGAGGUGAAUGCAUAUUGUGAUACCAAGUGGCAUAGGUGGCGAGCUAUGUACGUCCGGAACCAUUUUAGCACUCCUUGGGGAAUCGUAUCGCAAAUUCUAGCUACUUUUUUCCUAUUCAUCUCUAUCUUACAGGCCAUUAAAACCAUAAAAACGAUUUAAUUACCUGAGGAGAUGCGAGGUAGGCGAGGAUGGAAAUUCAUUUUCAUUUUGAUGUUUGAUUCUGUGUGCGUGUGUGUUUGUGAUUAAUUUGUUUUUGGAUGUUAACUGUGUAUUUUAUAUAUUUUAUGCUUGAGAAUAAAGGGAUUGUUGCUUGUUUUGCACUAAAA